CAAAACAGUAUCAUGAUGAUUUUAUCUUCAGCCCUUGUAGCCACAUUGAGCUUAAUCUCCCAUACCGAAUCAUUUGCUCCGAGAGCACGUGUUCGAUCAACAUCGACAUCGGCGCUUUCGAGGGUCAAUGAGAAAGUUCAGAGUGCUCUCUUCGUUUCGACAUCUGAUCCCAUCACUGGGGAUGGAUCGCUCCCAGCAGGGACCACUGUGGCUGCCGUGCCGAAGGUUGCUCAACGAUGGAGGAAAUCAACGAAGCAAUUGGCAACGUUGGGUCCUAGCAGCGGCGACAAAGAAAUGAUCGAAACGGUACGUGCCAGACAGCACAAUGCAUUGAAGAAUGAAAAUAGUUGUCGUCAAAGACGGACGUGAUGAUCGUAAACUUUAUAUUGGCCCCCAUUUCUACGGUCUUGUUCUGUGAAACUCAUCAUCUGAAUCUUUUGCAAUUUCUUAGUUAUUCCUCGCAGGAGCUGAUUGUUUCCGUUUGAACUUUUCUCAUGGAUCUCAGGAACAGAAGAAAGAGCUAUUGAUGACAAUCCGUGAAAUCGAAGAGAAAUAUUCGCAUCCAAUUGGUAUUCUUGGGGAUUUGCAAGGACCAAAAUUACGAGUACGUGUAAUUUACAGCAAGUAUCAUUGACUAUCUCAACCCAAAAGUAAAGUAAUUCAUCUUUCUUACUUGCCUCGUUGCGUUGUUUUGUUGUAUGAUUUCAAAUUCUGUAAAUAAAAAAGGUCGGAGAAUUCUCGAAUGCCGAAGGUGAAUAUCUGGUAGCCGGUAACACAUUCCGGUUGGAUCUCGACACAGCCCUCGGCGACAAUACUCGUGUGAAUUUACCGCAUCCAGAAAUUAUUGGUGCCAGCGAAGUUGGGCACACUCUAAUGGUUGACGAUGGAAAGGUCAAGCUGACCGUAAUUGAAAAGGGUGCCGACUAUUUGGUUUGCAACGUUGAUGUUCCUGGAAAAAUCUCUAACCGAAAGGGUGUCAAUACUCCAGAUUCUAUUCUCGAUAUUAGUCCCUUGACCCCGAAAGAUAGAAGCGAUCUGGACUACAUGCUGGAAAUAGGUGUCGACUGGGUCGCUCUAUCAUUUGUUCAAAAACCGGAAGACAUCUUGGAGAUUCGUGACAUUGUCGACAAAAAGAUACCCUCUGGCGACCUGAAGCCAUCAAUUAUGGCUAAGAUCGAAAAGCCGUCUUGUUUCGAGAGUAACAACCUUGCUAGGCUGGUGGAACUAUGUGACGGAAUUAUGGUUGCAAGAGGAGUGAGUGCCUUCUGUUCUGAGUGUGAUUGUUGCGGAAGAUACAUUACUAAUAUUUAUGUUUGCCUCUCAACCUGUUUGUUUGUCGCACAUUUCUUGGGAAAAUCCAUAACAGGAUUUAGGCGUCGAAUGUCCGCCCGAKGAUGUUCCGAUUCUACAAAAGACAAUCAUCGACGAGUGCCGGGAACAAGGUAAACCAGUUGUUGUCGCAACACAGAUGUUAGAAUCGAUGAUCGAGAGUCCGACUCCUACUCGAGCCGAAGCAUCCGAUGUAGCAACUGCAAUUUAUGAUGGUGCCGAUGCAAUAAUGCUGAGUGCAGAAUCUGCCGCUGGUAUGGUAUGUUUAUUUCUUCAGAAAUUUCGCUGAUAUGCUAAGGGCACUAGAGUAGUGUCUCCCACGCGUGAACUUUUCCCUCAAUAAUUCUUUUUCCCUUCACGUACGGUUCAGUAUCCAGAAGAAUCGGUAGCUAUGCAACAGCGAAUUAUCAACCGGGUCGAGGGAGAUCCUCACUACCGAAGGUAUUUGGAUGCGAAUGUUUUCGGGCACGACAAUACUCCCACAGAUGCUGUUAUUGUGGCUGCUAAACAAGUCUCGAAGACGAUUUCAGCCAAGUCCAUAGUUUGUUUUUCUCUAACUGGAUCCACCGCAAGGCGUGCUUCCAAAAACCGGCCAUCGGUUCCAAUCAUGGCCAUGUCACCAUUUAAGGAAGUUUCCCGUCAACUUGCCUUGAGUUGGGGAGUAUAUCCGGAUCUUCCGAAGGCUGGAAGUUAUGGAUAUACUGUUAGCGAAGAAGGAAUGUUUGACUACGAAAACCCAAUUGUAGAGGAAGCAUCUGAUGAUCUUGACAUUGUUCUCAAAAGUGCUUGUCGAGCUGCUUUGAAAAAGGGUUUGGUUUCCGAUCCAGAUGAUCUAUUGGUUGUGACAGCUGGGCUUCCUUUUGGAACUCCUGGGGCUGCGAAUGUGAUUCGAAUCGUGCCCGCUGCUGGACCAUCUUGUUGGGAAGGCGUGUGCCGAGCCUGAUGAAGUUUCAACAUGAGUGUCUACUGUCUGAAUUUAAGAGUUAAGUUUAAAAGAAUUCCGCAAGCUCUCGUUUCAAGGCAUAUUGGAAAGAAAUAAUCCAAGUGCUACGGAUCUGCUGCCAAUAUUGUGAACGGAUUGGUACUGUGUAGCUAGUAUAUUCAAUUAGUUCUAUAGAACUAACCCAGCUACAACACGAAGACUCAUCGCCACUUUCAUCAGAUAUCUCUUGUACACUGAGGGGAGUAAUGCAUGUACUUGCGAGGAUCUACCAUGGGUUCAUCGGAAUAUCCCUCUGGCUUCUUCCCGAGCAAUUAAUGUUUUGCCGCAAGGACACACAACUGCUUUCGAAACGAACGAUUCCACAGCACCAUCCCUCUCUUUUGUACGCAUUCCUCCACAACAUCCAACAGUUCUUUUCUCUCUCAUACAAUUUGCGCAGCGCAAACAAUGAGGCCGGAUCGAUUCAUUCCUGCCAUGCAAUGUACAAGAACCUUGCCGUUCUCGCUUUUAGCACUUGUCAGAUACUCGAAACAUUCUUCCCAGUGCUGAGCAAUCAUAUCGUAUGCUUCUUCGUCCUCGCCGUCAAUCUACUUGCGGGAUAUGCCAACAGCCGCAAAGUUGCUCGUCAUCUCUUUUGCCUUGUGUGGCGGCAUGCUGUUUACGGACAAAACGUGCCUGAUCCCGGGUUGAUUGACACGAUCAUAUUUUCUUGCAUUCUUUUCAUCUGAAAGGUAAAGCCAGUUAGUUAUGUCAACAGGGUGUUGGUUUUCAGGAAGUGGACAAGGUGGGUCAUCAAUUAUAUCCUUCACCCUUCGGACCCAUGCCCAAGGAAUCUGAUCGUCUUUCGAUGAACGAGAAAGGCCUCGAAAGGAUUCCAUCAUGAGCCAACUGAAAUCAAUCUUUUAUUUGCAAGCAGUCAUUUACAGUAACUGCUUCCUGAACAUGAUAUUUCAAGCACUGCUUUGAUCGAAUAAUCAAUGAAAGUAAAAGUACGACUAAAAAGUACAAGACGAUGACAUUUUAAAUCUGCAUCACGACUCACUCGGAUCGUGGACAAUGCUUGAGACUUGAAAUCAAUUUGUAAACGAGCAGAACAAAGCUGAAUGAAUCUUUUUUCAACCAGUUUUCAUAAUAUUAUUUGUACACGUUUCAUAGUAAUGGAUUGAGCAGCUGAUUACUCGUCCCACUUCGCCUUUGUCCAUCCCAUAACGCACAUGGCCUCCCUCUUAUCUUCAUCUAGGUCAUCCCACCACUUGUCUAAUCCUUCUGGAGUCCACUCUUGCCAGCUUUCUUCGGUGUAUCCUGCAACCUUAGCGGCCUUCUUUUGAAGGUGGGGGAGAUCGUUCCACUCCGUCCACUGAUACUGCUCUUCCCAAGCUUUUUCGUCCCAGCCGAGGAUUUCAACGGCCUUUUUCUGCUUGUCGGUCAGAUCCCACCAGUGUGUCCAGGAAACCUCGACUUCCUCGCCGUUGUCCCAUUUUUCUUCGUCAUAGCCGAGUUCUUUGCACGCUGUUUUAGCGUUCGGGGGAAGCUUCUUCCAUUCGCAUAAUUCGAAUUUCAUAUCCUUUCUUAAGAACUUUUUCUUGAAAUGAGGAUCGGUAUUGUUGAAUUUGGUCGGUUUCACAUCUGUAGGUAACUUGUCCCCGCAGCAGGUGUUCAAAACCUGUUCAGCGAUCAUGGAAAUUGCGGUCGCCAUUUUCGGUGCUCUUCUUUCUUGUAGUAGUAUUAUUUUAAAACGAUGGUAUGUUUAUCUUGGUGGAUUGUGAGAUGAAUCGAGGUGUGCCGAAGGUGAUUUUUGACUCCGGUCGUUCUUUUGAAUCGUGAUCAUGUGCACUAACCGAUGGACUAUCAGACUUUCAUCAGACUUUAAAGGUAUUUAGCUAAAUUGCGACCAAAAAAGAAAGGAUACCGCGCAUGAAUCAAAUUGUAUUUAGUCACAACGGCAGGUUGCAACGGAUCGAUUUUUGUGCCCGCUAUUUUUAGAAAUCCAUUGUAACAAGCUUGUCCUCGUUCAUGGGUAGAACACGAAAAAAACCGAAAGCCUCAGUUGGUAAUGUCUUCUACGGCACUAAUAGUACUGAAAAGUACUAAGCAUUACUAUCGGCUAAACGCUUGCAGUACCGGUAGCGCCGUGAUCUUCUAUCAAACACAUUUUGGGACGGAGCAACUACGAGUACGUAGUACGAAGUUGAUGCUACUGCAACUGCUACUGCUACCCGUACUUCGUACGUACUGGUACUUUAUGUAAAGAGCAAGGCGCGGAGGGCGCUUAUUCCUCUUUGCUACCAACUUGCUGUGCUACUACGCUUCGUGAAUGACCUACCGUACAUUACAACCUCGCAGCAAACAAUCAAAACCGCUUUUGCUAAAAAUUAUGGCUACUACUUCUACUUGUUGUUCGAAUGAGUAGUACCAUGAACUAGUCCCAUCGCUAUUCAAAGCUUUUUCUAGUGAUAUACCUGGGUUGAAACCGCCUUGCUAUUGAUACCACUGGGUCAUGGCAGUACUUUGUCAAGGCGUGUUUCAAAACAUGAGUACUGCACAUUCGUACUACUACAACCAGCGAUGUUGGAACAAAUGGUCUGUAAUGACCGAGCCAGGUGAGCCAACAUGUAUUACUGAGGAUAGGCUAGAAUGAGGGAUUGGAAGAAUCAGAAAAGAGAUAGCUAAUUGGAGGAUUACAAGCUAAGACAGCUGCUGAUGAAGCUGGUGAUGGUGACAGAAUACAGAUGGUAUAGAUCGAGCUGGCAAAAGAAGUCUCAAGGAACCUGAGAUAGGAACCCUUGAAGUUGAAGAGAUCCAGGAGGGAUCCAGAUACCUUUACAGGUCCAUAGUGAGGCAAUAAAGGAAAGAGCAAAACAAUGAGUAUAAGAGGAGUCAAUUCCGGACAGAGGCCGUGAUUAUUGGAGCUGGGAGGAGAGCUCAUAUUUCAAAGUAAUAGAGAAUAAGAUAGAGA